AACUUCCGCAGCAGCAGCAGCAACCCCGUACAUACGUACCCUGGUAGCUUUCCAUCACCAAUCCAACCCACUGCAAUCCCGCUGCUCGCGAACCUCUCUCUAUCAACAACCCACGCAGCUUCACAAUCCGAAUCUCCUUCAUCGACCCGCGAUCUCCUCACCCGAAAAGGAUUUCCCUCCUGACAACGACCACCGCCCGCGCAAGGCGAACCCGCAGGAAAGAAGAAAGAAUAGCGCAGACGCAUCCCUCAAAACCCAACGCACCAACCUCAACACAUACACACACACACAAUGGCCUCUUCGGACGCGAAGCCCGCGCAGGACAAGACCGCCGACCCUAAGGCCGACGAGACGACGGCGCAGCAGCAGGCCGCCGCCAAGAAGCCCGCGCUCGGCGAGGACGACGAGUUCGAGGACUUCCCCGUUGACGACUGGCCCCAGGAAGAGACCGAGGCGGCCGCCGGCGGGAGCGGCUCGACGCAGCACCUGUGGGAAGAGAGCUGGGACGACGACGACACGAGCGACGACUUCUCUGCGCAACUGAAGGAGGAGCUGAAGAAAGUCGAGGCCUCCAAGAGACGAUGAAUCCGCACACCCUGUGAGGUAUCUUGGAGGAGGGUCGAAAUUGAAUGACGCAUCGUGACAGUGUGGGACCAUGGGGCAUAGACUACGUACGAGCUCAGACGACUAGCGGCAUACCAAGGUUGGAACGAAAUCACACAAAAAGAAAACCAAAGGGUUUCUUGUUUUACUUCACGAUUCGGGCU